AUGAUUGUAGAAUGCCUAGUUCGGAGAGUCCUGAUUGAUCCAGGAAGUAGUGCAAAUGUCAUGCCCAGGGUGACGUUCGACCGACUAGAGAUCGCACCCGAAAAACUCAAACCCACAGGGAAUCCGCUGCUCGGAUUUGAUGGGAAGCGAGUGGAACGCAUUGGAAUAGUAGAAUUGACAGUACAAGCCGCUGAGCGAGUUCUGACUGAAAGUUUUAUGGUAGUGGAAAUUUAUCCAUCAUACAACCUCUUGAUGGGCAGAGGAUGGAUUCACAGAAUUCAGGGCGUUCCGUCAACCUUACAUCAAGUGAUGCGAUGUUUAGGUCCGGAUGGGACCAAGGUGAUAGAUAUACAUGGGGACCAGGUUGCGGCUAAAGAAUGUUAUUCAGUAACUUUAAAAUCUGCUGAAAAGGGGAAAAAUCCCAUCCGUUCUGCCAUUCCAAAAUAG